AUGUCUACUAGCAGGCGUACUACACGUAAAUCAGUAGCCCAAAAGAGGCUACGAGUCGAAUCUGAGGACUCAUCCUAUUCUGAGAUUCCUCCACCAUCCCCUAGAGAUAGUUCAUCUUCAGAGGAGUCAGACUUUGAUCACCACCUGUUCUCCAGGACCGCUUAUAAGACCGCUCUUGGUCAAUCCCCGUACCAUCUGAUAUAUGGGAAAGCCUAUCAUCUUCCAGUUGAAUUGGAACACCGAGCCUUUUGGGCUAUUAAGCAGCUCAAUUUUGAUCUGUCUAAGGCUAGUACUAAUAGAGAACUCCAACUAUCUGAGUUGGAGGAACUGCGUAAUAAGGCUUAUGAUAAUGCCCGAAUUUAUAAGGAAAAGGCUAAGAUUUUCUAUGACAAGAAUAUACUUAGGAAAUCAUUCACACCUUGUGAAAAGGUCUUACUCUAUAACUCUAGACCGCACUUGUUCCCUGAAAAGUUAAGAUCCCGAUGGGAUGGACCAUACCUAGUACAUAGAGCAUUCUCACAUGGUGCUGUUGAACUUCUGAAACCAAGUAUAGGUGAGACAUUUAAGGUAAAUGGUCAAAGACUGAAGCCCUUCUUGGAACUCCCAUCUGCUCCAACGAAAGAGGUCAUGGAUCUCCAUGAACCUCUUUAUAUUGAUGAUUAA